UUUUUAGUUUUAACGUACACGGAAAGAGUACGAAUAAAAACGGACAAUGGCUGAAGCAAUGGAUGGAGCAAGCAUAGAGAAAAGAAAGGAAAUUAUGGAAAAACUAAAAUCUUCACUACCAGAUGACUUGACAAAGACGCAGAGAAAGAAACAAGCUAAAAUAAUGUACAAAAAACUUCAAAUGAAAGAGAAGUCAAAACUUCAAAAGAAGAAGCCAAAGCAUACGAAAAGACUGACAAAGACAAUGUCAUCCAGUGAUGCCAGCAAAGUGAGAGUUGCCAUAGAACUAGGCUACUCUGAGCUAAUGACUGAAAAGGAUAUUAGAAUGUUAAUUAAGCAGUGUCAGAGGUGCUAUUCAGAGAACAGACACUCUGUCAAGCCAUUGCAACUGUACAUGACAAGUCUUAGUGGGACUGUAAAGGAAGCAAUGGAGACACUAGAGGGAUAUGAUAAAUGGGACGUUCACUUUCACGAAAAGAAAUAUUUAGAUGUUUUUGAACAAAAGGAUAUUGUAUUCUUAGCUGCCGAAUCACCUAAUAUACUAACAGAAUUAUCUGAUGAUAAAGUAUAUGUCAUAGGCGGACUGGUUGAUCAUAAUCGCUACAAAGGUUACUGCUAUAAUGAAGCUAUCACUGCUGGAAUCAAUCAUGCACAAUUGCCACUUAAAGAACACGUCACAUUAAAUAGUCGUAGCGUGUUAACCAUUAACCAUGUGUUUGAGAUAUUAUUAAAAUACGAAGAAUACCAAGACUGGCAAAAAGCAAUGCUACAAGUUAUUCCGCAAAGAAAAAUAAAGUCCUCAGAAAAACAUGACAAUCAAGACAAUGAACCCCAACCUACUGACGACAAUAAUUGUGAAGCUAGUGGUAACGAUGGUGACAAUGAUGGUACCACAAAUAGUGACUUUGAUAGUGGUAGGAGUAUGAAUGUGGAAUCAUAAUUGUGAUAGCUAAUACUUUUAUUAUAAUUAUUAUAAAAUCAUUCAUUCACAAUAAUAAUAAUUUAUUUAUUGACAGCAUUUAUUAUGGAUGCAACGGUUGUCUCAAGUUUUUAUUGGAAGAGCGAUAA